CAAAAAGAUGCUACAAAAGAACUAUUUCUUGAUGCAGAUAAACAAUAUCUUACUGCAAUAGACAAAUUAUUUAAUCUUGUUUGUGUGUCUGAUGAUUAUACAAAAGCUUUUAAGAUUCUUAAAAAAAUUAAAAAUGAAG